AGGUUCGCAUCUCCUCACGUCAAAAUGGCUGAAUAUUUAGCUUCCAUUUUUGGCACUGAAAAAGACAAAGUCAACUGCUCCUUCUACUUCAAGAUUGGAGCAUGUCGUCAUGGAGACCGGUGUUCCCGCCUCCACAACAAACCGACUUUCAGUCAAACUAUCGUGAUCCAGAACAUCUACCACAAUCCGGCUAACACAGCACAAUCGGCUGAAGGAGGUGCUGCUGUUGGAAUAGCUGACCAAUCUAACCUGAGUGAUGUGGAGGUGCAGCAGCACUUUGAUGAUUUCUUUGAGGAGGUCUUCGCUGAGAUGGAGCAGAAGUACGGUGAGAUCGAGGAGAUGAACGUCUGUGACAACCUUGGUGAUCAUCUGGUCGGCAACGUCUAUGUCAAGUUCCGCUAUGAGGAAGAUGCAGAGAAAGCAGUAGAGGAUUUGAAUAAUCGCUGGUUUAACCGUCAGCCAAUCAGAGCUGAGCUCUCACCGGUCACAGAUUUCAGAGAAGCCUGCUGUCGUCAGUACGAGAUGGGUGAAUGUACACGUGGUGGAUUCUGUAACUUCAUGCACCUCAAACCCAUCUCCAGGGAACUCCGAAGAGAGCUCUACGGCCGCCGCAAACGCAAGAAGCGCAGCAGCCGUAGCAAGUCCACAUCACCCGGACCCCGCGACAACAAGCGCCGAUCGCGAUCCCGUAGUCGCAGCCGAGGAAAGGACGAUAGACACAGAGAGAGGGAGCGCUCCGGACGUUUUUAAGAUUUGGGCCAAUUUAACUGUGGAGUCUUGAUAUGAUACAUGGUCGCUAUGUCAGUAAGCCUUCCUGCAGGCAAUAUACAGUGGACAAUGUAACCUGUAUAUUGUCUGUUUGGAGUCAGAAAGAUAUUAACUUCUAUACUUUAACAUAGAGUUAACGC